AUGUUGAAAAGAGGGUUAACAUUCGACUCAAGAUUGAAGAAGAAGAAAAAAAGAAACUUUAAAAGCUACAAUAAGAGAAGAAAAGAAGAAGAAGACGGGGAGGAUAAAAAACAAGAAUCAAAUACGUUUGGUUGUAGAGGCUUUGGCAAAGAUCCGUCAGUAGAAACUACCUUUUCGCCUGAUAGUGUGAAGCAUACUUCUUUAGUGAGAGGGAGGCAGAGGAGCAAGCUGAACGUGAAAAAAUGA